GAUGCAUCAUGGGGGUCUUCUAAUCAGGAGCCUUUGGUGCAAGGACCCAAGAUAGACCUCAGGGUCACAAUUAUAGCAGGAUGCUCUGGAUAAUUACUUAAUUGUGAUUUUUUUCCCUGUGGCAGUCGACUAUCUUUCACGUAAGAAUCACAAAGCACUAUGCACACUGUAACUGGUACGUAAGAGUGACUCCCACCCUCUAGCAUGUGAAAAUGCUGAUGCAUGUCCAAGUAAUACCCUCACGGUUAUGCACUCUAUGAGGGAAGAAGCUUAAAACAGAACUCAGCCUGUGGACCUUUGCUUCUUCCAUUCCUCAUGCCAAUGAAAUUUACCACCUGUAGUAGGCACUUAAUAUGAGUUUGUCGAAGGCAUGAUGAAUGAAUGGAAUGGAUAAGAGCCUUUGGGAUGUACUUUGUUGCUCUAUGUUUUGUUCUCAGUUGUAACUGUUGUAUUUUGUUGUCGAAGUUGCUUGCUUUACCAGCAUUUGCCAGUGACCCGAUUUCCCUGUGCCCUGGCUUGUGAGGCCAGACACUUCCUGCUUGAUGGGGAGCCAAGACCCUUGGCAGUGAGGCAGCCCACCCCCGCACACCCAGUCAUGGCGGACCUCAGCGGGAGAGAGGUGGAACUGCACCUGCGGCUGCGGGUCCCGCAGGUAGGCCACUAUGUGAUUGUGGCCGAGUACACCACGGAAGCAGAACAGUUGUCCGUGGUGGUUGUGCACGUGGAGAGUUCUGGGUCUGUCCUGGCCGGCCAGAUGAAUGUCUACAGCUGCAAGUACAGUGUCCUCUGCCGGAGCAUUGUGACUGAUGGCGGGAGUCGCAUCGCAGUGCAUGAGCUGUUAGCAGAUGCAGACGUUCGGCUCAAAGCACGUAUGGCCCAGUUCCUUCUGCAUCAAAUUUGUAUCAUACCCAUUGAAGAAUUCUCAACCGAAUAUUUGAAACCUCAAAUCAGAUGCAUUGCCAGUUAUGAGCCAUAUGUUAAUCAAAGAGCCACUUGUGUCUCCUUAUCCCCUGAAACUCCUCCAGCAGCAUUAAUUUUGGAUGUCCCAAGUGGUGGGUCUCCCCAUCAACUGCCCCAAGAUCCUUUGCCUUCUGCUGAUGUUGUUACUGGGGUCACCUUAAAGGCACCACAGAACCAAGUGACGCUGAGAGGACUUGUACCACGCCUGGGCCGAUAUGUUAUUGUCAUCCAUUUUUAUCAACCAGUGCACCCAGCAUUUCCUGCACAGGUGUCUGUGGAAGGAGGGCAGCUGCAGCCAGGUGUCUUCCGUGCCUCUUUCUGCCCCCAUGUGCUUGGUUGCCAGGACCAAGUGAUGGCCGAAGAUCAGAUUGAGUUUGACAUCUUGCAGCCUGAGGUGGCCGUGACUGUGAAGAUCCCAGAAGGAAAGUCUUUAGUAUUGGUCCGUGUUCUAGUGGUGCCUGCGGAGAAUUAUGACUACCAAAUACUUCACAAAAAAUCAGUGGACAAGUCACUUGAGUUUAUCACCAAUUGCGGAAGAAAUAGUUUUUAUAUUGACCCCCAGACAGCCUCCAGAUUCUGUAAGAACUCUGCCAGGUCCCUGGCAGCCCUUUACCACAAAGGCGCACUGCCCUGUGAGUGCCACCCCACUGGGGCUAUCAACCAUCACUGCAGCCCAGAGGGCGGGCAGUGCCCAUGCCGGCCUGGUGUCAUUGGGCGGCAAUGUACCCGCUGUCAAAUGGGCUACUAUGGAUUCCCACACUGCAAGCCAUGCAACUGUGGCCGGCGCCUUUGUGAGGAGAUGACGGGGAAGUGCCUCUGCCCUCCCCUCACAGUCAGGCCCCAGUGUGAAGUGUGUGAGACACAUUCCUUCAGCUUCCACCCCCUGGCUGGCUGUGAAGGCUGCAACUGCUCCAGGAGGGGCACCACUGCUGGGGCUGCCACCCUGGAGUGCGACAGAGACCAUGGGCAGUGCAGAUGCAAGCCCAGAAUCACAGGACGACGGUGUGACCAAUGUGCUUCUGGGUUUUACCACUUCCCUGAGUGCAUUCCCUGCCACUGCGACAGAGGUGGGACUAAGCCAGCCGUCUGCGAUCCUGAGACUGGAGCUUGCCUCUGCAAGGAGAAUGUGGAAGGUGCAGAGUGUAAUGUGUGUCGAGAAGGCUCAUUCUACUUGGACCCAGCAAAUCCCAAGGGUUGUACCAGCUGCUUUUGCUCUGGAGUAAACAAUAAUUGUCACAGUACACAUAAAAGAAGAGCUAAGUUUGUGGAUAUGAUGGGCUGGCGCCUGGAGACAGCAGACAGAGUGGAUAUCCCCAUCUCAUUCAACCCGGGCAGCAGCAGUGUGGUCGCAGACCUCCAGGAACUGCCGUCAACAGUUCAGAGUGCAUCCUGGGUUGCACCUCUUUCUUAUCUGGGGGACAAGGUUUCCUCAUAUGGUGGCUACCUCACCUACCAAAUCAAGUCCUUUGGCCUACCUGGUGACAUGAUUCUGCUGGAAAAGAAGCCAGAUGUGCAGCUCACUGGUCAGCACAUGUCCAUCAUCUAUGAGGAGCUGAAUAACCCACGGCCAGACCGGCUGUAUCACGGGCGAGUGCAGGUGGUGGAGGUAAACUUCAGACAUGCCAGCAGCGGUGCUCCGGUGACUCGGGAAGAACUGAUGACGGUGCUGUCUAGACUGGAAGAUGUUCGCCUCCGAGGCCUCUACUUCACCGAGACACAGCGGCUCACCCUGAGUGGGGUGGGGCUAGAAGAAGCCACUGACACAGGAAGUGGACGUAGAGCACAUAAUGUAGAGAUGUGUGCCUGCCCCCCUGAGUAUACUGGUGACUCAUGUCAGGGUUGUAGCCCCGGAUACUAUUGGGAUAACAGAGGUUUAUACACCGGACGGUGUGUUCCCUGCAGUUGCAACGGACAUUCAAAUCGAUGCCAGGAUGGCUCGGGAAUCUGUAUUAACUGCCAACAUAACACUGCUGGGGAACACUGUGAGCGCUGCAAAGAGGGUUACUAUGGGAACGCCAUACAGGGAUCCUGUAGCGUCUGCCUAUGUCCUCAUUCAAACAGUUUUGCCACCGGCUGUGUUGUGACUGGGGGAAACAUGCAGUGCUCCUGCAAACCCGGAUACACAGGAACACAGUGCGAAAGGUGUGCACCAGGAUAUUUUGGGAAUCCCCAGAAAUUUGGAGGUAGCUGCCAACCAUGCAAUUGUAACAGCAAUGGCCUGUUGGGCAGUUGUGACCCCCUGACUGGAGACUGCGUAAACCAGGAACCCAAAGAUAGCGGCCCUGGAGAAGAAUGUGAUGAUUGUGACAGCUGUGUGAUGACACUCUUGAAUGACCUGGCCACAAUGGCUGAUGAGCUCCGCCUAGUCAAGUCUCAGCUGCAGGGCCUGAGUGCCAGUGCGGGCACUGUGGAGCAGAUGGGACACUUGGAGACCCAGACCAAGGACUUGAGGAAUCAGCUGCUCAACUACCGUUCUGCCAUUUCAAAUCAUGGCUCAAAAAUGGACGGCCUAGAAAAAGAGCUGAGUAAUCUGAAUCGUGAAUUUGACACUUUGCAAGAAAAGGUUCAAAUAAAUUCCAGAAAAGCACAAACAUUAUAUAACAAUGUGGAUCGGACAACCCAAAGUGCAAAAGAGCUGGAUGCAAAGGUUAAAAAUGUCAUCCGGAAUGUGCACAUCCUCCUGAGGCAGAUCUCUGGGACAGAUGGAGAAGGAAACCACGUGCCUUCCGGUGAUUUUUCCAGGGAGGUGGCCGAGGCAGAGCGCAUGAUAAGGGAGAUGCGGGACCGCAGCUUUGGAAAUCACCUGAGAGAAGCAGAAGCUGAAAAAAGGGCGGCUCAGCUCUUGCUGAAUCGGAUUAGGAGCUGGCUGGAAAACCACCAGGUGGAGAACAAUGGACUUGUUAAGAGCAUACGGGAUUCUUUAAAUGAAUAUGAAGCCAAACUCAUUGACCUCCGUGCUGCACUACAGGAGGCAACUGCCCAAGCAAAGAAGGCCACCGGCCUUAACCAAGAAAACGAGAGGAAUUUGGAAUCCAUCAAGAGACAAGUUCAAGAAAUGAAUUCCCUACAGAGUGAUUUCACCAAGUCUCUAGCCACUGCAGAUGCUUCCUUACUGCAAACCAACAUUAUGCUGAAGCUGAUGGGGAAAAGCCAGGAGGAAUACAAAAAAAUAGCUGCCACUUUAAAUGAAGCAAGACAUGAACUAAGUGACAAAGUGAGAGAACUUUCCAAAUCUGCCAGCAAAGCAUCGCUGGUGGAGGAGGCAGAGAAGCAUGCUAAGUCCUUACAGGAGCUGGCAAAGCAGCUGGAGGGGAUCAAGAGGAAUGCCAGUGCAGAUGAACUGGUGCGCUGUGCCGUGGAUGCGGCCACCGCCUACGAGAACAUCCUCAAUGCCAUCAAAGCGGCGGAAGACGCAGCAGACAAGGCCACAACUGCAUCCGAGUCUGCCCUUCAGACAGUGAUAAAGGAAGAUCUUCCAAGAAAAGCUAAAACCCUGAGUUCCAACAGUGAUAAACUAUUAAAUGAAGCCAAGAUAACACAGAAGAAACUACAACAAGAAAUCAGUCCAGCUCUGAACGACCUACAGCAAACUCUGAAAAUCAUGACAGUUCAGAAAGAGAUGAUAGACACCAAUAUCACUGCCAUCCGUGAUGAUCUUCGUGGGAUAGAGAGAGAUGACAUCGAUGGUAUGAUCAGUAGUGCAAAGAAUAUGGUCAGAAAUGCCAAAGACAUCACAAACGAGGUUCUAGAUGGGCUCAACCCAAUUCAGACAGAUGUGGAAAGAAUCAAAGAUACUUAUGGGAGCACCCAGAGUGAAGACUUCAACAAGGCUCUCACUGAUGCGGAUAACUCAGUAAAGAAAUUAACCAACAAACUGCCCGAUCUUUUGAGCAAAAUUGAAAGUAUCAACCAACAGCUGUUGCCACUGGGCAACAUUUCAGACAACAUGGACCGCAUACGAGAGCUAAUUCAGCAGGCCAGAGAUGCUGCAAAUAAGGUCGCUGUCCCCAUGAGGUUCAACGGGAAAUCUGGUGUUGAAGUCCGGCUGCCAAGUGACCUGGAGGAUUUGAAAGGAUACACAUCUCUUUCUUUGUUUCUACAAAGACCUGAAUCAAAAGAAAAUGGGGGGACUCAGAAUAUGUUUGUGAUGUACCUCGGAAAUAAAGAUGCCUCCAAGGACUACAUCGGCAUGGCAGUUAAAAAUGGGCAGCUCACGUGUGUCUACAACCUGGGAGAGCACGAGACUGAACUCCGGGUGGACCAGAUCUUGACGGAGAGCGAAACUCAGGAUUCUGUUAUGGACCGAGUGAAGUUUCAGAGAAUUUAUCAGUUUGCAAGGCUUAAUUACACCAGAAGAGCCACAUCUAGUAAACCAGAAACACUUCAGUUCGAUGACAUUGACAAUGGAAAUAGCAACACGCUCCUUAAUUUGGAUCCUGAAAAUGUUGUAUUUUAUGUUGGAGGUUACCCACCUGGUUUUAAACUUCCUAGGAGUCUGACAUUCCCAGCAUACAAAGGUUGUAUUGAAUUAGAUGACCUCAAUGAAAAUGUUCUGAGCUUGUACAACUUCAAAAAAUCUUUCAAUCUCAACACAACCGAAGUGGAGCCUUGUAGAAGGAGAAAGGAAGAGUCAGACAAAAAUUAUUUUGAAGGUACAGGCUAUGCUCGAGUUCCAACUCAACCAAAUGCUUUCUCCCUAAACUUUGUACAGACAAUUCAGACCACUGUGGAUAGAGGUUUGCUGUUCUUUGCAGAAAACCAGGAUCACUUCAUCUCCAUAAAUAUAGAAGAUGGCAGUCUCCAGGUGCAAUACAAACUUAAUUCAGAGCCACCAAAACGUGAAGGAAACAGAGACCUCAUAAACAACGGGCAAGAUCAUUCGUUUCUGAUCAAUAUUAGAAAAACCCAGAAACUUACGUGGAUAAUUGUGAAUACUCAAAAGAUUAGAAUCGAAGGUGAAAUAUUUGAUUUUAACACAUAUUAUCUGGGAGGAAUUCCAAUUUCAAUCAGGGAAAGAUUUAACAUUUCUACACCUGCUUUCCGAGGCUGCAUGAAAAAUCUGAAGAAAACUAGUGGUGUCGUUAGGUUGAAUGAUACUGUGGGAGUAACAAAGAAGUGCUCAGAAGACUGGAAGCUCGUGCGGUCUGCCUCCUUCUCCAGGGGAGGACAAUUGAGUUUCAAUAAUUUGGACUUGUCAUUGACCAGCCACUUCCAGGUCUCCUUUGGAUUUAAGACUUUUCAACCCAGUGGCAUUUUAUUAAAUCAUCCGAUACAGGUCACCCUGGAAGAUGGUCACAUUGAACUCAGCAUCAGGAAUAGCGUCAGCUCGCCCUUGAAAUCUUCACAGACAUACAUGGAUGGUUUACUGCAUUAUGUAUCUUUAAUAAACGAUAGGUCUGGAUUUCGGGUCCUCGUUGAUGACCAGCCUCUGGAAAAUAACGAAAGGCUAGAAGGCUUUUCAAAUACCCAGAAAUCCCUGCGUCUGGGUGGGGGUGAUUUUGAGGGCUGUAUCAGCAAUGUUUUCGUCCAGAGGUUAUCACAGAAACCCGCAGUCCUAGAUUUGACCACUAAAUCUUCCAAGAGAGAUGUGUCCCUGGGAGACUGCAGCUUAAACCAAUCACCUUUUCUAAUGUUGCUUAAGGGUUCUACAAGGUUUAACAAAGCCAAGAAUUUCAAUAUCAACCAGCCAUUGCAGGACACACCAGUGGCCUACCUGAGGAGCGCGGGGCUGUGGCGAGAUGCUCAGUCUUGCGUAUCACUUCCCCACACCCAGGCCAGUCACGGAGCCCUCAGGUUUGGAGAUAGUCCCACCAGCCACUUGCUAUUCACCCUUCCCCAGGAGUUGCUGAAACCCAGGUCACAAUUUGCUGUGGAUGUGCAGACAACAUCCUCCAGAGGGCUUGUGUUUUACACAGGCACUAAGAACUCCUUUAUGGCUCUUUAUCUUUCGAAGGGACGUCUAGUCUUUGCUUUGGGGGCAGAAGGGAAAAAACUGAAGCUCAGAAGCAAAGAGAAAUGCAGUGACGGGAAGUGGCACACGGUGGCAUUCGGGCAAGAUGGAGAAAAAGGUCGCUUGGUUGUGGAUGGUCUGAGGGCCCAGGAGGGGAGUUUGCCCGGAACUUCCACCUUCAGCCUCAGAGCACCCGUUUACCUGGGAUCGGCUCCAUCAGGGAAACCAAAGGGUCUCCCCAAAAACAGCUUUGUGGGAUGCCUGAGGAACUUUCAAUUGAACCUGAAACCACUGGACACCCCUUCAGCAAGCUUUGGUGUAUCUCCUUGCUUGGGCGGCUCUUUGGAGAAAGGCAUUUAUUUCUCCCAAGAAGGAGGUCACGUCAAACUGGCUAACUCUGUGUUGUUGGGGCCAGAAUUUAAGCUUGUCUUCAGCAUUCGCCCAAGAAGUCUCACUGGAAUCCUAAUACAUAUCGGCAGUCAACCCAGGAGGCACUUAUGUGUUUACAUGGAGGCAGGAAAGGUCAUGGCCUCUGUUGACAGUGAGGCAGGUGGGAUCUUGACAUCAGUCACACCAAAGCAAUCUCUAUGUGAUGGACAGUGGCACUCAGUGACAGUCACCAUAAAACAACACAUCCUGCACCUGGAACUGGACACAGACAAUAGCUACACAGCUGGACGGCUCCCCUUCCCGCCUGCCAGCACUCAGGAGCCACUACACAUUGGAGGUGUCCCAGCCAAUUUGAAGAUCUUGAAGCUCCCUGUAUGGAAAUCAUUUUUUGGCUGUCUGAAGGAUAUUCAAGUCAACCACAUUCCUGUCCCUGUCACUGAAGCUGUGGAAGUCCAGGGGACUGUCAGUCUAAAUGGCUGUCCUGACCACUGACUUGAACCUAUUACACAGUGAGGAAAUUCACCUUCAAAAGCAUAGAAUACCAACCCACUUCCCUCUCCCUACGCAAGAUCAUUCUUGACUUAAGACACCAUGGGAAUGAGUUUAAGAGCAAAUCCAAUUUUGAACUUCGACCAUGCAUACCCAUCGUUUUGUCAUUCAGUGCUAUAUAUGUGUUUUAUAUACAAAUCCUAUUUCUUGAAGAUGAUGAACAAAUUGCUAUAUGUUUUUGAUAAUGUCGUUUUCCACUAAAAAUGAAAUGUGUUUUAAAGAUCAUUAUUUUCUACUUGUUAAAAAUAAAUAAAUAUCUUUUAAAGCACUUUAAAAAUACAAAAAUUUUACAUGUGUUAAAUGGCUUGAUGGUCAUUGAUAAUCAUAUUAAUUCUUCAGCUCAUGUUCAAUGUGCUACCUACAAUACAGUUUUCUACAAAUAA